AUGACCUGGCUCGUCGCCAUCCCAGCACCGGCCAGUAGCGUCUCCGACCCUUUGGGGCGGCUGUCGCUCCGUUCGCCAGCACCCGGCGCGCACUUGGUAACCUCGGCCUCCGGGACUACGGAGUCGGUAACCACCUGCUCCGGCGCCGCCUGGUCAGCUCUGGCUACUCUGGCGCCGCCUGGUCAGCUCUGGCUGCUCCAGUCGCUGCCUGGGCCUCCACCACCGGCGGCUAUGGCUGCUCCAGAUUGGCAGCCUCCGAGAUCCCACUACCGGCCGGCUCCUCCGCAGCCUUGGCGUCGGUCUCUGCCAGCCCCUUGGUCGCUGCCUCCGCCUACAACGUCGCUGCGGCUUGGGCCUCCAUCUGGGCUGACGCUGCGGCUCGGGCAUCAGCCUCCGUUCGCGCUGCGGCCUCCCGCUCCUCCUGCGCCUUCUGCGCGCGUUCCUCUCCGUCGCCUCCUGAAGGGCGGCGGCCGGGUCCACGCGCUGGGCCUCCUUGAAGGAAAUAUGCCCUAG